AUGGUGGCGAUUGAUGAGCUCCCAGCCUCGAUCACUCUGCGUGGAGUAUCGCGCACCUUGACUCCUGGUGACACUCAGGGCAUGACUAGUUGCGGUGUUGCUACUGCUCGAUCUGAGCCUUGGGUUGUCGAGGGCCUCCCUGCUUCGGCCUCGACCACGGCUGCUGGGACUACUUCGGGCUCUGAAUCUCGUGAAGGACUCAAUGAACUGCAUGACGUUCUUUUGAAGAUCGUGUCCGACAACGAUGUUCCGUCUGACCACCGCACUGCCGUGCAGGGCAUUCUUAUGCGGGGUCUGGAGACCAUCUACUCCUCCAAGACCGUUGUCCCCCACCACCCCGGUGGCAUCUCUAGCCACAAGGCACUUUACAACAAUAAGAAGGAAUAUUGCUCGUACUGGAUCCGUCACGGUGAAUGUGACUACCAGCAGCAAGGUUUGUCAACAUCCACCAACCUUCAAGUUCGACUUAGUAUGUACUUACCAGAAACAGGAUGCAUGUUCAAGCAUGAGAUGCCCACUGAUCCCCUCAUGUUGGAAAAGCUUGGCCUUCGCGAUAUCCCUCGUUGGUAUCGUGAGAAGUAUGGUGUCCCAAGUCUGGUCAACCCAGGUGCCUGCAAUGCACGCAUGCAGCUUGUUGAGCAACAGAACAUUGCUUUCCAACCAGCUUCUACCACUAUGCAGCCUAUCUCUGAGUCGUCCGAGUUCAAGUCGAUUACUUACCCCGGCCAUGGUUCCUCUUACCAUGGAGUUGUUACCCAAGCCCCGAUGUCCCUGAAUGAAAACGACCCCUUUGCUGGUACCAACAACGCCCUUAACGCUCACUCCAAUAGUCGUCGUGCCGGGAGCCACAACCGCUAUAAGAACCGUGGAACCGGCGCGAAUGGAGUCAAAGCUCGUGGAUCUCCAUGGGGCAAAAACGGCCAGCGUAACGCCAGCGCCAAUGAAACCAACCAGGCUGACAACCGUACUCAUCGAGCCAGCAAAUCCCCUGUUAGCGAGAGCGGGGAGUCCAACAUCACGACUACCAAGCCCGCCGGAACGGAGGCCGAGAAGCUGCAUGAUGACAAUGUUCUGACCACCAAUCCCUCCAUUACGAACGCCAACCGCUUCACCCCCGUGGGCCCCCUGUCGUUUGGUCCAUGUUACCUGAACAAUGACAUUGCCUUGCGUCGCCCUGUGUCUUCUAUUCGCGGUGAGAGCGUCCCCAGUGCCCACUCGGAGCUGAACCGCCGUCGCAGUGAGGAAUUGAGCCGUCACUUCACGAACCUGGAUGUCGAGCCCAGCCGUGAAGAUCCUCAUGGAGUUUCUCUUGGCGUUGGAUUCAACACCUCUUCUGUGUUCGAAAAUCCCUCCCGUCGUCUUUAUGACUUCGGAUUUGAUGGAGAAGACUCUCAGCGAGUUUGCCCUGUCAUCCCGGCCACUGGCAACCUCCUCGACAUCUCGGAGACCAACAAUAACAGCAAGCUCAACGGCACCAAUAUCGCCAACAAGAAGACUGCUGACAGCAAGACCACCGACAUUGGUACUAAGGGCCCUCUGCACACUCUGCUUAAGGACAGCGAGCCUAUCUAUGCGACUGACCUGCUUCUCAACUAUGGCGCUGUCGGUGAGCCUGUUCUCUUACCCCCUCUUCGUCAGUGCAACAAAACAGGCCUGUUGCUUGGUUUGUCCACUGACUGUGUACAUCCUGCAAAGUAUGAUACUAAUAAAUUGAACCAGACCACUACGAAGGAGUCCCCUAUUACUGAGAGCAUCGAACAUCGCCAGCAAAUCUCUGAUCUCACCAAUUAA